AAUAUUUCGUGCACGUCUGUGGCUGUUUUGUUUACUGGGGUCAAGGUGGACUCAAACUUCCUAAUUAACUUUGUACAUCACGUGACCAACAGGUUAUCUUGUUUCUAGUUGCGCUGAAGUCCUUUUGCGAAAUUAUGUUUCUGCGUUUGAUGCUUAGAGCCGAAUCUUAACGGAGCAUGCUCCACUUCCCCGAACCGUGGGAGUGGAAAGGAAGGAGUGAGGAGAAAAUAGAGGAGGGGAGAACAUGAGCGAGAGGGAGGGGAGUGCAGAGAGAAUGAGAAGCGGUGAGUGGGAACCCAGAAGGAAAACAUUAGCUCCCGUCUCUUCUUGUAGUUGAGAGACUUUCAGGAGUGCUGGUGACGCGCACCUCUGACGGGACGUACGACCGGUAUGAUGGUGAGAUAGCAGAAGGAAGAAGUGGGAAAAGAAGAUGUCGUUCUUUGGCUUGGACUGUGUCAAGAAGAAAGAGCGAGAACUGCAGAGAAAACUCCGGGCCAAUGACCGCGAGUACAACCUGUCCUUUAAGUAUGCAACAAACGCCAUCAAGACCUCCAAGUAUAAUCUCUUCACCUUCCUACCUCUCAAUCUGUUUGAGCAGUUUCAGAGGAUUGCUAAUGCCUACUUCCUGUUUCUCCUGGUGCUCCAGGUGAUUCCCCAGAUCUCCUCUCUGUCCUGGUUCACCACUGUUGUGCCUCUGGUCCUCGUGCUGGUAGUCACCGCUGCCAAGGAUGCCACUGAUGAUAUUAAUCGCCACCGGAGCGACAAUCAAGUGAACAAUCGAAAAGUUCAAGUCCUUAUUGAUGGAAAAUUACAGAGCGAGAAAUGGAUGAACGUCCAGGUGGGAGACAUCAUCAAGCUGGAAAACAACCACUUUGUCACUGCUGACCUCUUGUUGCUCUCCAGCAGUGAACCUCUCAACCUGGUGUACAUUGAAACUGCAGAGCUGGACGGAGAGACUAACCUGAAGGUGCGACAGGCCCUGCCAGUGACAGGAGACCUGGAAGAUGACAUUGCAAAGCUGGCAGAUUUUAACGGUGAGGUACGCUGUGAACCCCCUAACAAUCGCCUUGACCGCUUCACAGGAACUCUGACCUAUGCCGGUCAGAAAUAUGCACUUGACAAUGAGAAGAUCCUGCUGCGCGGCUGCACCCUGAGGAACACCGAGUGGUGUUUUGGACUGGUGCUCUUUGGAGGUCCAGAAACAAAACUGAUGCAGAACUGUGGGAAGAGCACAUUCAAGAGGACCAGUGUGGACCGCCUGAUGAAUGUCCUUGUCCUCUGUAUUUUUGGCUUCCUUGCCUUCAUGUGCACCAUCCUGGCGAUAGGAAACGUCUUUUGGGAGCUGAACGAAGGCUCACACUUCACAGUCUUCCUGCCCAGACAAAAUGACAACAAUGCUGCUUUCUCUGCCUUCCUCACAUUCUGGUCCUAUGUCAUUAUCCUUAACACUGUGGUGCCCAUAUCUCUAUAUGUCAGUGUGGAGAUCAUUCGUCUGGGCAACAGCUUCUACAUCGACUGGGACAGGAAAAUGUACUACGCUCGCAGCGACACCCCUGCUAUGGCUCGGACCACCACGCUGAAUGAGGAGCUGGGCCAAAUUAAGUACAUCUUUAGUGACAAAACAGGGACGCUCACCCAGAAUAUCAUGAUCUUCAACAAGUGCUCCAUCAAUGGCAAAACCUACGGUGAUGUGUAUGAUGACACAGGCCAGAGAUUAGAAAUUACUGAGCGUACAGAGAGGGUGGACUUCUCAUUCAACCCGCUGGCUGACCCUCGCUUUGUGUUCCACGACCAUGCCCUGGUGGAGGCGGUGAAGCUGGAGAACCUAGAGGUCCACGCCUUCUUCAGACUGCUGGCCCUCUGCCACACCGUCAUGGCUGAGGAGAAGAAAGAAGGUGAGCUUUUCUACCAGGCGCAGUCUCCAGACGAGGGAGCGUUGGUAACAGCAGCCAGAAACUUUGGGUUCGUCUUCCGUUCACGUACUCCGGACAGCGUUACUAUCGUGGAAGAGGGAGAGCAGCGCAGCUAUGAACUCCUGGCCAUCCUGGAUUUCAACAAUGUCCGCAAGAGGAUGUCUGUUAUAGUGCGGAGUCCAGAGCGAAAGCUGUCUCUGUAUUGCAAAGGUGCAGAUACAAUUAUCUAUGAGAGGCUGCACCAGUCCUGCAGCAAGCUGAUGGACGUCACUACAGAGCACCUUAAUGAGUUUGCAGGCGAGGGCCUGAGGACUCUGGCACUGGCCUAUAAGGACCUGGAUGAGGAGUAUUUCAGCCAGUGGAAAGAGCGCCACCACGAGGCCAGUACUGCACUGGAGGACCGGGAAAGCAAGCUGGACCAGCUGUACGAGGAGAUAGAGCAGGAUCUGCUGCUGCUUGGAGCGACGGCCAUCGAAGACAAGUUACAAGAUGGAGUUGCUCACACUAUCGAGCAGCUGUCCAAAGCUGACAUCAAAAUCUGGGUUUUGACUGGUGACAAACAAGAAACUGCAGAAAACAUUGGUUACUCUUGCAACUUGCUGCGAGAGGAGAUGAACGAGGUCUUCGUCAUCUCGGGCAGCUCACCCGAAGAGGUCAGACAGGAACUGAGACAUGCGAGAAGCUCCAUGAAACCAGAUGCAGCAGAUUCAGUGUUACUGCCAGAAAGGACUCUGGUUAAAGGUGUGAAAGUGAUCACAGACGAGGAGGUUAAUGGAGAGUAUGGCCUGGUUAUCAAUGGACACAGUCUGGCAUACGCUCUGGAGCGCAGCAUAGAGGUGGAGUUUCUGAGGACGGCGUGCAUGUGCAAAGCGGUGAUCUGCUGCAGGGUCACUCCUCUGCAGAAGGCUCAGGUGGUCGAGCUGGUCAAGAAGUACAAGCAGGUGGUCACACUGGCCAUAGGGGAUGGAGCCAAUGAUGUCAGCAUGAUAAAAGCGGCCCAUAUAGGUGUUGGCAUCUCAGGUCAAGAGGGCAUGCAGGCCGUUCUGUCCAGCGACUACUCCUUUGCACAGUUCUGCUUCCUGCAGCGCCUCCUGCUGGUGCACGGCCGCUGGUCCUACCUGCGCAUGUGCAAGUUUCUGCGUUACUUCUUCUACAAGAACUUCACCUUCACCUUCGUGCACUUCUGGUACGCCUUCUUCUGCGGCUUCUCUGCCCAGACAGUGUAUGAUGAGUGGUUCAUAACACUUUACAAUCUGAUCUACACGGCACUUCCUGUACUGGGAAUGAGUCUGUUUGAUCAGGAUGUGAAUGACAUGUGGAGUUUCCAGCAUCCUCAGCUCUACAUUCCUGGUCAACUCAACCUGUUCUUCAGCAAGAAGGCCUUCUUCACUUGUGCCCUUCACAGCUGCUACAGCUCCUUGAUGCUCUUCUUCAUCCCCUACGCAGCCAUGCACGACACAGUCAGGGAUGAUGGGAAGGAUGUCGCUGACUACCAGUCUUUCGCCCUCCUCACCCAGACAUGCCUGCUGUUUGCCGUCAGCAUCCAGUUGGGGCUGGAGAUGUCUUACUGGACAGCGGUGAACACAUUCUUCGUACUGGGCAGCCUGGCCAUGUAUUUUGCCGUCACAUUCACCAUGUACAGUAAUGGCAUGUUUCUCAUGUUGCCAUCGGCCUUCCCUUUCAUAGGAACAGCUCGAAACUCCCUUAACCAGCCAAAUGUGUGGCUGACUAUCCUCCUCACCUCCAUUCUGUGUGUACUUCCUGUGGUUACCUACCGCUUCCUGUUGAUUCAACUCUGCCCCACCAUCAACGACAAGGUCAUGUUCAAAGUGAGACAGGCCAAAGCAACACUUCCCCCUCCUCCUCGACGCGCCCGCAUCCGCCGCACCAGCUCCCGCCGUUCAGGCUACGCCUUCUCGCAUGCUCAGGGCUACGGGGACCUGGUGACAUCAGGCCGGUUCCUGCGGCGUCCUGCUAUGUUUCUCUCUUCGGGUUUUGCCCACACAGGUCGCACCACCACAGGCUUCAGUCCCAUGGGACGAUCAGCUGGAUACAGCCCGACAGGACGGCCCCAGAAUGCCAAGGUUCCAGAUGUGGAGGGGACUUCGCUGCAGAUGUACAGGACGUUCACAGAUUCUGCCCUCUGACAGGCAGCUGGCUACACUCCAGAUGUUUGGAGCUGAUCUGGGAGUAGGAACAAUACCAACUGGACAGAUGCAUGGUGCUGGCAGUCAGCGGUGUUUAAAACUCCUAUUUGUGCAUUUGUUACCAUGGAGAAUUUGCUCGAGCCUUCCAGAGAACUUCAUGUCCAAGAUUUUUCCUGAUCUGUCUUCUGCACAGUCUCCCAAGAUGAGGUUUGAGACACACGUGUCAUUUGCUCCUCACAUUUCAUUCUGAAUCUUUUUUUUUUUUUUGUCUGUCAAAGUGAACUCUGACAAUGUGCAUCUACUUCUCCUGGGUGCUUGGAUUGCUGUCCUCACAUCAGGAGUGUUCACGGAGAGCACGUCUCACGCCAAACUAGCAGGUGAGAGGCAGACAGAGAACACGUGUCUGACACUCUAAACAGCAACAGGGCGAUUUGUUCUGAGAAGGACAGAGUGUGGUCAUGUUUACAGACUACCCAGACUUUCUUAACCCUGGGAGCCCAGCUACACAGAAGGGCUUUGUACAGAGAAACCAACCAGCAAAGCCAUGUUGUGUAAAAUAUUUUAGUGUGUAUACCCUAAGUGCUUUUUAAACCAUUUUAUUUUAUUAUCCUGAAAGCUGUACAAGCAGUUAGCACUUUGGCAGCGUCACAUGGUCAUGGAACCCAAUGUGUGAAAGGUCAUAAUUGUGGGACUGAAUGUAAACUGUUCCAAGGAAAACAUUUUCUUCACAGUGACAAGAAAUUUUUUUUUGCUGAAAGAAUGUAAUGACACAUGCAUUAAAUUGGAAAAAUUAAAUACAGAGUAGGUUACAGGCAGAAGAGGAUGCAUGUGUGAUCCAGUUAAAGGUAUUGUAGUUCAAUACUGGCACCAGAAUGUGUCUCAAAUGCACCUCAAGCAGAUGUAGCAUCCUGCUGAUGUUUGAUUUUAUGUGCGCCUGCUGGCAAACUAAAAAGAAAAAGGCACAUUUUCACCUCAUCAGACAGCAUGAGAUGGACUGUACCAGCUGUGUAGCAACUCGUCUGCAGCACAGACUUCAAAAUGUUGUCCAAGUUGUUUGCUGCAGGAAUAUCAACCACAUCUACCUGUGCCUGUGAGGGUUAUCGUACUGUACACACACUACAAACGCCCAUUCAGAGACACACAUCUGUCCAUGUCCUUAAAUAGCGUCAUUCUCAGUGCAGUGUCUGGUGCAUUUCCUGCAGACAGAGCUGACGACUUGUGUCAAUAGGGACAAAGAAUACUGCUCAGACAAUUCAUAUGGACUUUUAAUUGUGGGACAUAAUGUAUUUACUUAAUCACCAAAGCUAUUACAUGUUGCUCUAUAUCUGACAAUCAUCUUGGAGGUUAUUAUCUAAGCAGCAAUGUAUAUAUUUCUGUCUGCUUUGAGUCCAUUAUUUUUCUCUUUGAAUGUUGUGUCAGCUUACUGAAAGGGCAAGGCUAAGCAAAGGUUUUAAGUAAAGUAAGCAAGCACAUUAUUUUCUACAGACAAGUGAUUGAAGGGUCCAAAAGGAAAUGGUUUGAUACUUCUACAGUAAUACUUCAUAAUAUUUGAUAGUCAUCCAUAUUUUGGUAUUCACAGAUUUUAUUCACUCAUCAGUUUCAUCUUCAGUUUAGUUUAAACCAUGCAGACUGCUGAUGGGUGACUUGUUGACACAGCUGUUGUGUUUCUGUCUGAACAUCUGUUACCACAGUGUCAUUCAAGCAGUUUUUUCCCAGAAUGUGAUGUCCAAACCCGAAUGCUGGUGCUGAACCAGACUUUAUAUGACUCUGUGUUGUGGCAAAGUGAAAUUGUAUCUAAUGCUGAAGGUCAGUGUGGUGAAGCUGGUUUGUACCACUGACAGCACAGUAAUUAUUUACUGUAAAGUCUUUUUUAUGGGAAUAUUUGAAAAGUACGACUAUGCUGAAUAUUUACAGCAUGUUUUUGAAACAGUAGCUGGAUCUUUGACUGUUUUUUUUUUUUUUUAAUCAUGUUAAAAAUGACGGUUUAUUAUAUGUUUCAAUUGUUUUGAGGAAUAAUUCUGUAGCUAGUCCAGUCAUCAAAAUGGGGUAGCGGAGUGGUGAGAUCGGGGCCUUUCCCACAGUCCAGAAACAUGCAGCUUAGGUUGAAUUGCAACUCUAAAUUGUCCAUAAGAGUGAGUGUGGAGGAUGAUUUGUCCAGGGUGGACCCUGCCACUGGUCCAGUGUCAGCUGGGAUUGGCUCCAGCGCCUCCAUGACCUUCUUCAGGAUAAGUGGUAUAGAUGAUGGAUGGAUGUAAAACUUCAAAAUGCGCAAGAAGAAAUUAUCCAUCCAUUAUCUAUACCAUUUAUUUCUGAAUAAAUGGUUGCAGGUCGCAAGGGGCCUAGAGCCAAUCUCAGCUGGAGAGGAAGGGUUCGCCCUGGACAGGUCGCCAGCCCAUCACACUAAGAG